AUGGCCCGUGUUUUGUGGCCAGCAGUCAAGGCUUUGUCCUUGGACGUUACUGGCACCUUGCUCGUGCAUAGGCAUCCCAUCCACGAGACCUACGCGGCCUGUGCCCUGUGGGCGAAGCUGGAGAAUCCGCCCAGCGCAGAGGAGCUGAAACCUGCCUUCAAAGAGGCCUUCCGAGAGACCUCCAAGAGUGGAUGCGCGACCGGUUUUUUAGCGACCGGUCGAGGCGAAGGACAUGGUUGCUCCGGCCCAGGCUAUCCUUGCUUUGGACAUGAGGACAACCUUUCCUCGCGAAGCUGGUGGGCCCUGGUGGUGAAGGCGGCGUUGCGGCACUGCGGCCGCAACUACGCGGACCAAGACUUCGAUCGCUUCUUCCGCCGCGUCUACCAGCAUUACGGCACACUGGAUGCUUACGAAGAAUUAAGCGAUGCCAAGCCAUUCUUGGACUGGGCACGACAACAGGGCCUGGCCAUAGGAGUGACCACCAAUAGCGACACCAGAACUCUUGAUGAUGUGCUGCCCAUGCUUGGCUUCCACGACCAUUUAAGGUGGUUCGUCUGCGGGCGAGAAGUGGGCAGUGAAAAGCCGGAGCCGUGGAUCUUUGUCGAGACCUACCGGCAGGCGAACUUCUGGGUGGAUGGAAUUAAGCGAGAGGAGAUUCUCCACAUUGGCGAUAGCCUGGCGGCAGACUUCUGCGGAGCACGGGCGGCCGGGCUCCAGGCAGUGUUGCUGGAUCGAAGCGACAACCAGAAGGUCACGCAAUACCAGGACUGGCUGGAACAUCCCGAGAUCAGCGAGGAGGAUGUCAAAGCAUGGACCCUUCGAGACCUAGGUGAAGUCAAAGAUCUUUUGCAGCGCAGCAUAAUCCAGCAGCUGCAGUGA